AUGGGUUUGCUUUUUGGCGGCUGCCUUGUGGGGGAGCGAUACAGGCGCUCUGAUCCCGCUUUAUCUAAGUCCAUAAUAAUCGGUGAGAUUCACUUGCUGAGCUCCUACUUGGCCUUUACGUGCGGUCUGCGAUCAGGCUUGAUGCAUUAUUUGGGCUGCGGCAUCAUUCCCAUAUCGUCUGUGUCUGGCGUGCUAGCCGCUGCCUUCGUCUCUGGGAACGCCGAUGUCGCUGAGAGGACGGUGCUGCACAUUCUGGGAGGCUGUUUUGCGGUAUGCGCCGGAAACGAGAUGCUGGCGGCCAGGUUCAACAUGUCCCCCCGAUGGUACGCGCCUUUUCGAUAA